AUGGAAAGCAAGUUACUUAUCAACAAUCUUGGGAGCAUGAAGGUGACGAUCACACCAGCUCAGCACAAGACCCUGACGCACCUACCCAAACGACCCCCAGUGGAUUUAGCUUUCACGGACCUCACUUACAAGGUGCAAGAAGGAAGAAAAAGCAAUGUUAAAACAAUCCUCAAGUCGGUAUCAGGGAGACUUCGAUCCGGGGAGUUGACGGCCAUUAUGGGUCCAUCUGGCGCUGGAAAGUCCACUCUCCUCAACAUCCUUACUGGAUACAAAACCUCGGGCAUGGAAGGCAGCAUCACAGUCAACGGAAUGGAGCGAAAUCUGUCCAGCUUCCGCAAGCUCUCAUGUUACAUCAUGCAAGAUAACCAGCUGCACGGAAACUUGACUGUGGAGGAGGCCAUGAAAGUGGCGACUUCCUUGAAGCUCCCGAGUGCUACCACCAAGGAGGAUAAGGAGGAAGUGAUCCAAGAAAUCCUGGAAACCCUGGGUCUAUCUGAGCAUCUCAAGACCAUGACUUCUAAUCUCUCGGGUGGUCAGAAGAAGCGUUUAUCCAUAGCCCUGGAGCUGGUCAACAAUCCACCGAUUAUGUUCUUCGAUGAGCCGACAUCUGGUCUAGAUAGUUCUUCCUGCUUCCAAUGCAUCUCUUUGCUGAAGACGCUGGCCCGGGGUGGAAGGACCAUUAUUUGUACCAUUCACCAGCCUUCUGCUCGUCUUUUUGAGAUGUUCGACCACUUGUACACGCUGGCUGAUGGUCAGUGUGUGUACCAGGGCAGCACUGGACGACUGGUGGAAUGGCUUGGCAGUCUAAGCCUGCAGUGUCCCUCGUACCACAAUCCAGCUUCCUUCAUCAUCGAAGUCUCGUGUGGGGAGUAUGGGGACAACACUAGCAAGUUGGUGCGGGCUAUCGAUAAUGGAAAAAACGAUAUUAGAAAUGGUGCACCUUUCCCUAAAAUGGCGAACUACAACAAUCAGAAAGACUUGGAGAUGUCUUUGAAAUCUGAGUGGAACAAGAACGACGCGUCCCAGAUACAGGAAAAGUUUGGGGACAUUCCGAAUGGGGCCAACGGGACCAAUGGGACGAACGGUACAAACCUACAGAAUGGGUUGCUGCAGUUUGCUGCUAAUGAGAUUUCCAAGGGGAAAGCUGAGCCAUUAGUUGUUCAGAUGGAUACAGAAAAGCAAGACAACGCCGAAGUGGCAUUACUAGGUACGGAAGCCUCGCCGCGUCGUUACGCGACCUCCGAAGGGAAACAGUUCUGGGUGGUGCUCAAACGAACUCUACUCUUCAGUAGACGUGAUUGGACGCUCAUGUACCUCCGUCUCUUCGCCCACAUCCUCGUCGGCUUACUCAUCGGCGCCCUCUACUACGACAUCGGCAACGACGGAUCCAAAGUGCUCUCUAACCUCGGUUUCCUCUUCUUCAACAUGUUGUUCCUCAUGUACACGUCUAUGACCAUCACCAUAUUGAGUUUUCCGCUGGAGAUGCCGGUGCUUGUGAAAGAGCACUUUAAUAGAUGGUACUCGCUGCGCUCCUAUUAUUUAGCUAUCACCGUCUCAGAUAUUCCUUUCCAGGCGAUCUUCUGCAUCAUCUACGUGGUGAUCGUGUAUCUGCUGACGUCACAGCCUCUCGAGUGGUUCCGAUUCUCCAUGUUCCUCUCCUCGUGUCUGCUCAUCUCCUUCGUGGCUCAGAGCGUGGGACUGGUAGUCGGUGCCGCUAUGAAUGUACAGAACGGUGUCUUCCUCGCGCCAGUGAUGUCUGUGCCGUUCCUGUUGUUCAGCGGUUUCUUCGUCUCGUUCAACGCUAUACCGGUCUACUUGCGCUGGAUCACGUAUAUAUCGUACAUACGCUACGGUUUCGAAGGGACGGCCCUGGCGACGUACUCGUUCAAUAGGACUAACCUCGCUUGUCAUCAGGCCUACUGUCACUUCAAAAAACCCGAAACCACUCUCGAAGAACUGGACAUGACCGACGCCGACUUCACCCUGGAUAUCGCGGCGCUGUGCCUCAUCUUCCUCCUGCUCCGUAUCUCCGCGUUCCUGUUCCUCCGCUGGAAAUUGCGCUCGACGAGAUAA